AAAUGUCGCGAAGUGAUCGAGUUACCGAUCUGAUCAUGCAUUACUACAUGGAGCAUGGCCGCAACCGUGACCUGGAAAAAUAUCUACGUUUGCGACGAGUGUCGAAUGUGACGCGUUCUUCCAGCGACGGUAGUCUUCCUUGUUUGGAUGAACUACAGCGUCGGACUGCAUGCCGUUCCGCUUGUGAUCGAUCCGAUGUUAGAAAAUCGAUGGAAAAUCUAUCCACGCUAAGAAAAAAAGCGGAACAGCAACAAUUGGAUGAGAGUGAAAAAUCGCUUCGUAAUGCUUCUGCCGAAAGUGCCAAAUCGGUGGCGAGCAAAUCAUCCGACAAAGUAGGCACUGACGCAGGCGGCUCUUCGGAUGCAAAGUGUGUAAAGGUGAAAGAGACAAAAGUAGAACAUAAGAGUGGACGAAAUUUCAACUUUAAUCUGGAGUCGGUCAUAGAAAUUAAUCUUCCGCCUCCUCCGACUAUCACGUUGGGUGUACCGACCACGUCUACAGUUGCACCGAUUACGUACAGCCAACCGGAACCAUUGCAAACAGCACCGAAACAACAGGUCUCGCCGCGGGUCGUUGUACAUGAGAACAGUACACAAACGGCCGCUUCGGAAGAUGAUCCCAUUCGGCCAGUGGUGAAAGCACACGUACCGGGAACCAUGGAGGAACCACUGGACAGUACAAAAGAUCUUUCACCUGGCAGCAGCAUCGCAUCGAACAAGCAAAGAUUGGAAUGGGAUUCUUUAGGUGACAUCGGGUAUGAUUCGAGCGAACGGUUACAAUUCUGUGGCGCAGCUGAUCUGAACGAAACGGAAAAGCGUUGCCUUCAGCGAUACUUUGCCCGUAAAGGGCUUACCUUCGAUCGAAGCGUCAUCGUUGUACGGCAAAGAGACGAAAAGGAAAAGAAACCGGCCCGUACUGGCGAGGACACAUCGAUCAUGCAAACCAAACCGGAUGCUCAAAGUACACCGAAACUGCAACCACAUCCAGCGCAGCCGUCAGUGCAGCAGAAGGUAAGGGAAGAAGCCAAAUCCACCCAAACGUCGCUUUACACGCGAGGAAAAGAAUCACGAGGCGUACAAGUAACGCGUCGAAACGAAGACUUGUUCCAACGUCAGGACAAAGCCAUCGGAACAACCGACAGCUACACGUUAGCGUCGGUAGAUGCGGCGGAAAGUUUUGAAUUCUUUUCACCUUCGGUACCGGAAACGGAAAAUAACACUCCAUCCGUAGCUGCUUCCGUUUCUACGCCGGUUCACUCGUCAUCGAACACUUCCUCGUCCACGGCGAAUGAGGCCAGUUCCAGUAACCGUUCCAUGCGACCUAUGUUUGACGAUGAGGUGAAGCUCGGACUUACGCUGUACAAUUCGAUUUGUGAGCUGAAGAGCAUGCCAACAGGUGUGAAGGAAAGUUUGAUCGAUAAAAUAUUUCGAAAGCUUUCUCGACACGAUCCGAAACGGAGAACGCGGGAACAGUUGUUGCAGGAUUACGGAAAGGCUGUUAGGAGGAGGAAGGAGAAUGAGCAGAAGCUGCAGGAAGCAACCGGGAAGGAGGAAAGCAACGUGUAUGAUGAUGUGAGUCCUUGCACCGAGAAGGACGAUGAAUCGCACGUUGACAAUGCAAGUCCUCAGCUAGAUCGAAGUAUGGAUGUGGUAGAGGUCAUUGAAGAGACAAAAGAUCCGCUUUCGAUUGCUGGCAGCGUUAAUGUAUCGGAAGGUUCGGUGCAAGCAUCAGCUACCGGAUCGAACGAAGGGAAAAAUGGACUACAAAACAAUUCCUCCCGAGAAGUCGGCUCUCUUGAGAAUUCGUCCCAUCGUACCGUUUCCUCACAGCCUGUAUCAGCUGGAACGACUAAGGAAAAUCUUCCUCGAAAGAUGUCCGCACCGGAACCACGGGAUAAGCGCGUUCGUAAAGCGAUGCAGGACUAUCUUAAGCCCAUGACACACUCGGAAGUAGAGUAUGAGAAUUUUCGUCAGCUACGGCAACUUAACCAAGAACGUGCCAACGAUCCACAGCUGGCAAAGAUCGAUCGAGAGAUCGAGCAGUUGCUGGUGAAGAAAAUGUUGCUGCUCAAUGUGGGACCAACUGUAACGGCGGGACCUACACUGCCUGUGAAGGAUAUGGCGCCUCCAGCUCCUCCUUCUCCGGCAAUACCCGUACCACUUCCUAGCGAACGUAGCGGAACGGUAUAUACAUCCGUACAUGAUCCAGUCUCAGUAAACAGCAGUUCCAAAGAUAGCAGCAGUUCGGCUUGGAAUUCGCACUAUCACAUGGCAAAGGUAAUAAAAAACCGUUCCAAGCUGGAGACACCCACCGCACUUAGCUCCACACCGUCCGAUGUGAGCAUUCCCACCUUUAUUAAGCAAAAACAGGAAAAGUUUGUCGAAAACUAUGAUCAGGUACGGACACGUCGAGCGUUCGAGGAGCAAAAUCACAUUUACACGCGACCGUACAGUAGCGGAGGUCAUCGAAGCGAUAGAAGACAUCUGCACGAGAAGGAAAAUCAUGCAUUCCGUAAGGAUAGAUACGCGUUGAGCCAGCUACCAAAAGGAAAACCCACCGACUGUAGGGCUAUCUCGUCCUCCAACAAUACUAUACCAUCGCCGGAAUUUAUAUCGUCCGAUUCGAUAUCGAUACCGGUCGUAACGACGCUCACAAACACGACCACUACGCACCAUUACGAUAUCAAGUCCAGGAUACCAUCACCUACGGCACCGAAAGGACGUACGGCCGGUACACAAACAACGGAUUCAAUUCUGCGGACCAAACCGAUAUUCGGGGAAAAGAAACCGAAACCCGCCUCCGUAACAGCUUCAGUACAGGUUCCAUCGACGGUUGGGAUUAAUGUGACAACUGGGCGGUUUCCAGUAGUGGAAUGUAACUGUCCCUGUGGACAGCGAGAUCAGAAGCGUGCAGAGGUUGGAAUGGAUAAUAAGCACCACAAUCCACGGCGAACGGAAAUUGUUAACGGUGGACGGCAGGAUAAACAAGCACAAACGAAACCAUCAUCCAUUGCGUACGUUAUAACCUUCGAAGGUACAUCAUCGGAGCGGAAGGGCCACAACUCACCGGUACCAUCAACCGUGUCAUCCUCGGAAAGUGCGAUGGAAAGUGAACAGGAAAACGGGAAGGAUGACGAGUCAGAGAAAAUGCUCACACUGCGGGAACAGUUUCGCCGAUCGUGUCCCGCUACACUGAGCCGAAUCGAGGAAAGGCGCCAGUGUAUCAGCGAGUUAAACAAGCUACGCAGCAAGCGGAACCAACAGCGUCAACGCUUGCUACUGCUUACCUCGGACGAUUUGCUGCGAAAGACAACCGCACAGGGAAGGAGCCAGUUGCCUCCGCCACCGUUGAGUCAGAGACGUGUUUUUGCUUCAACACGUGCCAUCCGGGAGAAUACACGUCGACAGGUUCGCAAGUUGCCGGAAGUGCAGCGGAAGAAGGAAAUCGAGCGGAUCAAUAAUUUGAAGCGUAAAAAUCGCAUUCUGAAAGAUGUGUACAAUAAGAACCUGCAACGAAAAGUACUGAAAGGGCAGGUGGACCUAUCGAACAGUGUUCGAGUUAUUCAGGACUAUCCAUAGAAGCAAUGGCGUGGCGAGGAUGCGAUAGAACUAUUUUUUACAUAAUUUUAA